AUGAUUCAGUGGUUUGCUAGUAGGAAUAGUAGUUCAAUUUACUGUAUAAGAAUAAAGCAUGGACCCCAUUAUCCUAAUUCAGUGGCUGUGGUUGUUCUUGUUGGUGUGGGUGUUGUGUGGGAAAAUGAGAAGUUGAUGGUCAUGAUUGUAAGAGCUGAUAAAGAGAAAUCUGGGACAAUGGCACGUACAAAGAGGUUCACUAAAAGGACCAACUCGACAACCUCCAAUGCUAAUGAACUCAUAAGCAAUGAACAAGAACAGAACAUAAACGUCCAACUUACGACUGAAGAACUGAAUAGUCAGCCACAUCACAUAGUGGUCCACCAACAAGUUCCUUCUGCUCAAUCUGCUGAAUCUGCUCCUACACAUGCUGCAUCUUCAUCUGCUCAACCUACACCAGCAAUAUCUCAAUCUGAAUCAGUUGGUCGUCAAUCUGAGGACUCAAAUCCAAGACCACGAAACCCUUCCCAAAGGACAUGCAACAAGUAUUGGGUUGUUGAUGUGUUAGCUGAUAAUGGAAUGGCUGAUGAGGAGAGAUUACGUGUGCGGGAUCUUUUGGUACUUCCUCCUCAUAAGAGGGUAGUUCUUGAAUGGAAUGAAGACAAUCAACCUGUUGGGGAGGCUGCUGGCCUAUUCGGUGGUUUUUUGGGACACAUUGCAUGUAACCCUAACAUAUUCCCUAUAAGUUAUGCAAGGUGGCCUGACGUACCUAAGAUCUACAAGGACGAUGUUUGGGUCAGCACUAUUAAGAAGAGAUUCGUUAUGGAUAAUGAUGACCACUACCAUUAUUGUAUGGGCAACAUGGGUAAGAAAUGGAAAGACAAUAGGUGGAGACUAGCCAAUGAAAUAUAUGAGAAAGAUAAAACUUUUCAGGAAAACCUUGAUCUUUACCCUGAAGGCAUGACAAGAGAACAAUGGGCAAGUUUUUUGACAUACAAAACAAGUGAGAAGGCAAAGAAGUAUAGUAUUAUCAAUACUGCAAAUAGACAGAAACAAACAAUCCCACACACACUUGGCUCAAAGACGUUAGCAAGGAGGAAAAGGGAGCUGGAGAUACAAGAAGGACGCAAAUUUAGCAGAGGUGAGAUGUAUGCUGUUUCUCAUAUCAAAAAGGAUGGCAAUUUUGUGAAUGAGGAAGCUAGGCUAAAAAAUGAUAAUUUAAUUAUAGAGAUGGAUAAAGCCAAUUUCGAAGAUGAGGCUUUUGUAAAUGUGUUUGGGAAGGAGCACCCAGGUCGAGUUAGAGGCAUGGGUUUUGGGGUGGUCCCAAGCCAAAUCCGUAGAACAUCUACCAGUUCAGCCUCAACUUCUUGUAGUGGUCCUACACAAGCUGAGUAUGAUGCCCUGAAAGGAGAAUUGGACACUAUAAAAGGCAAGAUGGCUGAGUUUGAUACAUUGAAAUCGCAAAUGGCACAUUUUAUGCAAAAUUUUGUUGGCCACUCACCAUCUAAUCAGGUUGUUGACUUGGGCUCUCCUGGAAUCAGAAAGUCCUCCCAUGCUAGUCAUGACCCUUCUGAUGGGCCAACUAUAUCAAAUCAAGCACCCCAACCACCACAAUCCUAA